CAUCGCCAUGUACCGCCACCCACGCUCUCCCUCUCCGGGCAACUACAGGAGCAGACCCUACUCGCCCUCGAGGUCUUUCGAAGACGAUCGCGACAGAUACCGCCGACGGUCCAGGUCUCCAGUUCAACGAGAACCCUACUACGAGAGACGUUCGCCUCCUCCGCCCAGAAACGAACCCAGAUACCACGACUACCAGCAGUAUCCCCAGCAAUAUGCUCAGCAGUAUCCUCCUCAGAGGGCCGAUGACUACCGACAUGAGGAAUACGGCUACGACAGGCGCCCAGAGCCAUAUCGCGAACCGCAUUACCAGCCACCUGUUCGCGAUGACGAUAGGUGGUCGCAUCAUCGUCACUUGCCAGCCCGCGAUGAUACGGCUGCAUAUGAUGACGUAUACAUGAACCCCUCACAUGCUCCCCCACAAGCGGAGUUCGAAAGGAGAGAUCAACAUGACUCUAGAGACAGAGUUGUUCACAGAGAGCAGCCGGUAUACGGCGAGAGGAACCCUCCAUCUGAACAAGCUCCUCCCCCAAGGUCUUACUCGGAGUCCAAGCCGCGCGGCCGUGCACCUUCCGAACAAUCAAAAGAUGUCAUCCUUUUAGGCCUUGAUCCCGAACUCACAGAGACCGAGCUCGGAAAGUUUCUUCAAAUCGAACACAAAGCAGCCUUGUCGAGUGUCAAAAUUGUCCGCGACCGAGGUGGGCAGUCCAAGGGAUUCGCAUUUGCUUCGUUCCAAGAUUUGGAGGGAUCAAAGGCUUUCAUAAACGACAACUACCCGACUAUCCAAAUGCCCGCUCUUCAUGCUCACUCCGAACCCCGCAAUGUCAAAAUCGAUUUCUCCGCUCCCCCUCCUGGUGGACACUAUCAACGACCAGCUCAUGAUGGGACGCGCGACAUUGGAGUAGCCGGCGGAGGCAAACGUGUCCUGUUGGUUCGAGGCUUGACAUCCUCUACGACAUCAUCCGAUGUCAUCUACGCCGUGAGCAAGGAGAUUGCUCGAAUGAUGGGACGGCAGGGUCAGGAAUCAAAGGCCGAGAGCACAAUCGUACGAACGGUGAUGAUUGUCGAGAAGGGUUUGAGGAGCAGCUGGGGCUUUACUUUUGUUGAAUUGGCCUCAAGCGAACUGGCUGCUGCCCUCUUACCAUUCCUGAUAUCGCCUCAACAUCAACCCAGUGGCUUUGUCAUCAACGGCGUCCCUGUGGCUGCCUCUUUCGCCGACCCCGCAGCUUUUGCACCCAUGCCGGCCGGUCCUCUUGGCGGCGAGCACCUCAUCCGCGCCUCCCGCCACGGAGGCAUUGGCUACGAAACCAUCGAUAAGCCGGAUGGCACAUGGGUCGCGUAUCGCCUCGAGCGAGCAGGCCCCAGCGAGAUUGUGCCCCGUGGUGCCCCUAGCAUCAAAGAGGACGGCACGGUUGAGCUUACACCCGAGCAUCGUUCCUUCCUCGGUAGCCUCGCUGGUGCGCCUCCUCAGGCCCUUGCCGCUGCGUCUGUCGAUGCUGCCAAAGCGAUACAGCAGGCUGGGAUUAAAUCGGUCAAUCUGAGUGGGAGUAUGGCACCCAUUAGAUUGGGGGGUAUGGGGAAGAGCAAGAGAAAGGAAGAGCCAGCAAUCGUCACAAUUCAGCAAAAGAGAGCAAAGGUGGACCUCGAGGGCGAUGAGGAGGAGGAUACGGUUGGAGCAGACUCUAAGCUUCUCUCGAGGACAAAAGGCGCCAAGAUCAUCCCGCCGACGUCAAACAGCUCGAAGGUGAUCAUCAGGCCUUUGACUUACCGGUUUUCGUCCAAUGUGCACGUGCUCACCCUUUUCCUACAACCCUUAGAUCCUCAAGAAUAUCAGCAAAUGGAACACCAAGCAGUCCGAACUUGCUGCUCCAGAUUCGAUCCUUGAGACAGGUCGCCCAAAGGGUGUAUCAGAAGCAAACGCUACCCUUGGUACCAGGCGACAGUCGAGCUCAAACAAGUCUGCCCCACCCGUCACAGUAAAGCCAUUCAUCUCUUGCUUCAUCCCAAAUUACCGUAUUAACGUGUUUAUCCCGUCCUUCAAAGACGUCUGCUGGCAUUACUUCGGCCUCAGCGACGGCCCCGGCGCCAGAACCAGCUGCUUCGACACCAGACAAUUUUGACUAUACGGAUAUAUCAUCGUUGGCGUCCACUGGCAAAGUCGCUUGCCUCUUGUGCCAAAGGCAAUUCAAAGCGGAGGACAUACUCAGGAAGCACGUUGCUCAUUCGGAUCUCCACAAGACCAAUCUACGGGAUCCCACCGUCUGCCAAGCCGGUCAACGACGCAAAGCCGCCUCUACCCCGUCCUCUUCUUCUACCCCCGAGCCCGCUUCCACUCAAUAUCGAGACCGAGCUGCCGAGCGUCGCGAAACAUAUCAUCAGCCGGCCAAACCUACUCGCGCCGAUUUGAACGCCCUCACUUCAUCUACAGCAGCGUACCAGGGUAUUCGAACUUUCCCAUCCAAGCCCUCCAAGGACAGGGCUGCUCCUCCCCCACCUCCACCCCAGGAGGAAGUCAAGAAGGAAGAGCCCAACGUGGGGAACAAGCUUCUAUCCAAGAUGGGCUGGCAGUCUGGAGAAGGGCUGGGUGCAAAUGGAGAAGGGAGAGCUGAGCCCAUCAAGGUGCAGCAAUUUGAGGCGAGAGCGGGUUUGGGAGCGUCAAAGGGUGUGGAAGCUGGAAGGUGGUCAGGGCCAGGAGGAUGGCAGCAGAGAGGCAAGGAUGUGGUAAGUACACCGUCGAAUCCCAGAUGUUCUUCUUUGGUGGCAAAGUUUUGGGCUCACUUGAAUGCGUCAUGCAAGACUCGAGACAGGUUCAACUCGGAGCCCAAGCAACAGUGAUUGAGUUUCGAUCUGCUUGUUGCAUAGUGCGGUAUUUUCUAUAGACAUGCAUGCUAUGACGGAAUCGUUAUCCAAG